AGCCGGAGCUUAAGUAAUAAGCUGCUUACUCCGAUCAUCGAUUCCGCAAAGCGUCGAUUCCGACGUCACUAGCGGCAUUAAGCACGCCGACAAAGUCCACCACUUACCAUCUUCCCGUGCUCAUCGGCAUCGAUGCAGAGUAUCGCGCGACUAACCCUAGUCUUGUGCUCCGCCUGGGUUCUUACUCUCUUCUAUGGCGAGAUGGUCGCUUAUUGGAUCCCUCUGUGGACGUGCUCAUGGCCUCAACCCGACACCAACUUCUCCUUGUUAUCGUCAUCGAUCGAAGGCCGUGCGGUGAAGGUUGCUGUUGUAGCCGACCCACAGCUAAUGGAUAGGACAUCCCUCAGCCUUGGUGCCAAGUCUCUUGCACUUGCAGUAGCAAAAUUUUAUACAGAUUUAUACAUGCGGAGGUCUUUUCGUCUGUCUAUAUUACCAUUCAACCCUAAUGUGGUUAUAUUUCUCGGUGAUCAUUUUGAUGGGGGACCUUUCUUGGAGGAUCAAGAGUGGCUGGAGUCAUAUAGCCGUUUCAAGCAUAUUUUUGGUUUGGAGGAACAUGGAAGAUAUUCAGAUAUCUUGGUUUAUUAUUUAUGUGGAAAUCAUGAUAUUGGUUAUUCAAGUCUCCAUGCACAAUAUCCUGAGGUUAUUGAUCGUUAUGAGAAAAAAUUUGGGGCAAGGCACUAUCAUUUCUCAGCUGGAAAUGUGAACUUCAUUGUUGUUGAUGCACAAACACUAGAUGGUCCUAAACAAGCAAAAGAAACAUCCAUGUCUUGGCAGUUUGUCGAAAACCUAUCAUCAGCUGAUACGUCAAGACCCAGUGUUUUGUUGACACACAUCCCUUUGUACCGUCAUAAUGACUCCCCUUGUGGUUCAUACCGGUCAUCAAGUGUUAUCAAUCAGAGAGUUUCCUAUGUUGAUGACGACCAUGGAAUAAAGUACCAAAAUUACCUGACAAAUGAAACUUCCAGUCGUUUAUUGCACUUAAUCAAACCUACGUUUGUAUUGUCGGGACAUGAUCAUGAUCAAUGUACAAUGACUCACUCAACAGAGUUUGGGCCUGUGAUAGAGGGACUAUCAGCUGGCAACAGGGAAACCUUUAUCCAUCAUUUAUGCUACUUACCGCAAGUCCUUCAAAUACAACUAGCUCAGACACUGCUGUUUCAACUAGCCUUUGUUUUCUUCCCAUGCAAACCCACAUCUACAUCUGGCAUUGCCAGGUACUUGUUCCAGUUCGUUGUUACUAUUUUACUUCUUUUUACAUGGCCUACAAAUGGAUUUGCGUUUUUCGGUCGAUUUACGAGCAUCAUUAGUUCUGUGCGAAGCAAAAUGGCCAAAAUGAAAGAGAAGGUCGAUGAGGAAGAUUGUGAAUACGACAUGGUCUGGGAUUCCGAGGGUUCGAUGCAUUUAAUAAAGAAAAGCAAAACUGUUCCUGUUGCAUACUCAAAUGUUGGAAAAACAGGAAGGGGUAAUGCCGUGCUGAGGUCUUCUGCGAAGAAACAAUCGACACAAGAGCAAGAGGCAUCCGUUUUGGUGGAGAUGAGUAAUGACAUGAAUUUGGAGAAGUUUGGAAAAACUCGGCAAAAUCGAUCGAUGAUGAUGAGGUUGGUUCAAAGGUUGAUUCGGGUACUAGGGUCGACGAUAAUUAUUGCUGCUGUAAAUGUUCCUCUUUACAUGAUGCUGCUGUUCAAGGACUGGAUUGAACGUUGAUUAAAGAUCAAUGGUUUUCAAUGAGCCCUUUGUAUUCAUCAUCAUGAAUAUGAGUAUAGUUUUUUGGUUUGUUGUAUUUUA